AUGCAGGCAUCUGUACACGAUCUUCCUGACGAAAUAAUUCUACUUGUCUUCGCCUAUCUGAAGAAAGGGCUUCCAGCCGGUCGCUAUAAUAAAGCUCUGCGUCGAACGGCAUUGGGUUGGGUUAAGGCGGGUCAUGUGUGCUCGCGCUGGCGCCAGGUUCUCUUAGAGAACGCAACCCUAUGGACGGACGUUACAUCGUUCUACGACGUCGGCGUCAUCGAGGAAUUUAAAUCAAGAUCUAGGGACGCACUGCUAAACCUGGACAUUGAUUUAUUAUGCGACCACGCUCUUGGACGCUCAGCGGAUAGUCGGGUGGUCGAAUACCUGACUCAAGAUGACCUGUGGGAGAGAUCAUUCCGGGUCAAAAUCGACGAUGCACGCAGCGUUCGCUACCGUGACUACCUGCCAAGCCUUGCAUAUCCCACGAUCGUUCGCGCACUUACGCGGACCUCACUCACCAAUCUCGUCGAACUGAGGCUGUUCAUACCUCGAGAAGCCGGGCAACUACACGUGCUCUCCGCACCAUGUCUGCGCACCCUCUGCCUGAAGUCGGACGCCGCCGAAGCAUGGCAGUGUCUCCUGGUGUUUGAAACGUUCGCAGACUUCUUGUCUGAGUCGCGACAUCUGCAACACGUACAGCUGCAGCGCGCAGUAGAUUCAAGAUUCUCCGGCCGAUACCAAGCACGCCGCCAAACCCCGCUACUCGCUCUUCAACAUGCGGAGUUCGACUGCUUCGACGAAGGGCUGGUGGCUCUUAUAUCCCAACAUUGCUUUCUUUUGCCGGGUGCUUACUCAAACCUUGACAUCUUCGGCGUCAGAGUCUUGAACUACGCCAUUGCGCUGGUUACUUCCUUUAUGCAGUGCUCGUCUACCACAGUCAGUGCCCGUAUCGCGCGGCAGCGCGAGCGUGCAUAUGCUUUAGACGGCGUAUUUCUCUCCUAUCGCUCCGAGUUUUAUGCCCUGCGUCUUGCCUUCGCCAGAGGACGUCGGGUAACCUGGCGUAAGGACCUUGCGGAGCCCUCAUGGACUUGGGAUGACUUCGCGAAUGCGUACGAUUGCCAAGCCAUCUCUUCUCUUCACCUUCAUCAUUCCCUCUACAUUUCACCUGAGGAUGACCCUUCACAAACCAAUGAUCAGUUGUCAACAACACUGCUGCGCUCUUUAGGGGGUCUCCAAGAGCUGAACAUCGAGCACGAAUCCCACUUCGACUUCGUCAGGAGUCUUCCAAUCACUCCAGGUCUAAAAGUCAUCUCCGUGAAGGAUCCGUCCGUUUGUGACCUGGUACACCUGUGGCACUUUAUACGAAGACAGGAACAAACCCGCUCAACUGUGGAUGUCACACUCACCGGACGCGUGUUUGACGACGACGUUAUCAUGGCAGAACAGCGCGCGUACGACGAGGCGCCCCUGCUUGCUGCCGUUGGGGUCUUGUGCAACUUAAACGACAGAAGGGUUAUUCGACAUCGUGCACAGUAUAGGUAG